AUGCCGUCUACAAUUCUUGACGACGCCGGGCGGCUUCGCCAGCGUUGGACGCAGCUGGUUACUGAUGUCACGCCGUCGUAUCUCCCCUCUGGUCUUUCCUCCAAGCGCGAGUCCCCUUCGCCGCUUGGGCAAUUGGACGUGAGCCUGCAACUCUCUUUGAUCCAGGCGUGCUGCCAGCAGUGCGAUGUUUCCCCGCUAGGCCUCGUCCAGGCUGCCUGGGCUGCUGUCCUUCGUUCAUACUCGGGCUCCGACGAUGUCAUGUUUGCUACGAUUGGGCUGGAACGCCCGAGUCCGAAGCAACAAUGGACCAAUACCUCUAUCUCCAGAGCUCGUCUCGACGGCGGUAGCUCUAUUCUUUCUUCCGUGGAUCACACGCGACAGGAGGGACUCAUUGAUUGUGAAGCUAUGCUCUCCGUGUCGGAGGCUUUGCAGGUCUUCUCCGUGCUGGACCCCAAGCCUUGCAAUUCAGCUAUCUGGAUCAAGGAGCCUUUCUUGAAGAGUGAAGUUCCCCAGACGGAAAUUUGUAAUGAACAGACAUUUGAUUAUGUCCUACGAGUCGACCCUUCGCUAUCGACGCUUGGCCUAAUUUACCGCAAGUCAGCGGUCUCGCGUGCCCAGGCCGAAUACAUUGCCAGCACAUUCUCCGAUAUCCUCCAAAGAGUCUGUGUCGACCCUUAUCAGAACAUGUUCAAGCUCUGCGCUCCCAGCGAGCUGGACACGUUGCAGGUCGAGGCCUGGAACCGGAUCACACCCAAGGGCAGCCAGGUCUGUGUCGAUCGGCUCAUCGAAGAGAGAGCACACCACUCUCCCGAAUCGCCCGCCCUGCAGUCUUGGGAUGGAUCGAUGACAUAUGCCGAGUUCAACGCCGCCGCCAACAAGGUGGCUCAGUAUCUUGAGUCCGCCGGCGUUCAGCGCGGACAGCUGGUUCCCAUCUGCUUCGACAAGUCGUUGUGGACCAUCGUCACGAUGAUCGGUCUGUGGAAGCUGGGGGCCGCCUGGGUUCCCCUUGAUCCUCGACACCCUCGUCAGCGCAUUGAAACGAUUGUUUCGUCGGUCGACGCGCACACCGUCAUUGCCUCUGCCUCCAACCACGAGCUUCUGGACGGCAUUGUACCUCAGCUUAUUGUAUUUGAUACCCCCCUUGUAAAACAGAUCGAGUCGGACAGCGACGCAACCUUCAAGUCGCAAUCACAGCCUACCGAUGUUUCCUUUGUUAUGUUUACUUCCGGCAGCACUGGCAAGCCCAAGGGCGUUGUCCACGAGCACGCCUCCGUCGCCUCCAGUGCCCUACACCAUGCCUCGGCCAUGAACGUGUCUAAUACCACCCGCGCCCUGCAGUUCGGCGCCUAUACAUUCAUUAUCAGCACUUUUGAAAUCUUUACCACUUUAAUUUUCGGCGGAUGCCUGUGCAUUCCGUCUGACCAUGACCGGCACACGGAUAUCCGACCCGUCAUCCGGUCGUUUAAUGUCAACUGGGCUAUCUUCACCCCCAGCUUUGCUCGGUCGUUGAACCACGAAGACGUUCCGACUCUCAAAACUCUCAUCGUCGCCGGUGAGGCCGUCGCGCAGGAUAUCAUCGAUCGAUGGGCCGCCGUGGCCAAGCUGAUCAACAUCUACGGCUCCAGCGAGUGCUCCGUCUGCAUGAUCGGCCCUAUGAUCACGGACACGCCGCGUAGCUGCAUCGGCCGGGCCACUGGUGCCCUGUCAUGGCUCGUCGAUCCCAACGAUCACGACCGUCUGGUGCCCAUCGGCUCCGUCGGUGAGCUGAUCAUCGAAGGCCCGACCUUGGCCCGCGGUUACCUGGCGGACCCCGAACGUACGCAGUCCGUGUACGUCGAGAACCCCCAAUGGGCCGCGCAGGAGGGCGUCACCCGUCGAUUCUACAAGACCGGUGAUUUGGCCAGGUACGGCGACGACGGCCGCGUGCACCUCAUCGGCCGGAAGGAUCUGCAGGUCAAGAUUCGUGGCCAGCGUGUCGAGUUGACCGAAAUUGAAGCUCACAUGCGUGCCAUCAACAACCAGGUCAAGACCGCCGUGGCCAUGGUGCACCCCGGUGGCAAGGCCAUGCUGGUGGCUUUCAUCUCUAGCCAGAGUGGAUUCGGCCCCGAGUUCGCUCAUCCCUUCCACGCGGCGCCCGAGGACAAGUCGUCCAUCCUCUCUCUGGCUGCGCAGAUGAACCAGGAACUGAUCCAGCGCCUGCCCCCUUAUAUGAUCCCGUCGGCCUUCCUUCCUCUUGCAUACAUGCCGCUGACGGCAUCCGGUAAGACAGACCGUCGGGUGAUUUCUACCUGGGCUUCCGCUCUGUCUCUGGCAGAGCUGGCUGCCGUUGCUGGUGCCAGUGAUGGCACUUCGCGACGCAUGCCUACCACCACAGCCGAGAUGCGUCUCCAGUCGAUGUGGGCUGAUAUCCUGCACUGCCCGCCGGAGGAGAUCGGUGCCGAGGAUAACUUCUUCCACUUGGGUGGUGAUUCUAUCGAGGCUAUGAACCUGACCCGGCGCUGCCGUGCCGAAGGAUUCCAGCUGCAGGUGGGCGACAUCCUCGGAAAUCUCGUGCUUAGCGACAUGGCCAAGGUCAUGGUCCCGGCUCGCUCGCCCGAAAUUGCCGCUGUGCAGCCGUUCGAGUUGCUCGGUGGUGAUGCCGGCGAGGUUCGCUCGAAUAUCUUGGCUUCUACCGGAUUCGAGGAUGCCGAUGUCAUCCAGGACGCCUAUCCCUGCAGUCCGCUGCAGACCGGUCUCAUGGCCCUGUCUACCAAGAUCUCUGGCUCGUACAUUGCCCGACACACCCUGGAGUUGCCCGCCAGCUUGAGCGUCAACCGAUUCAAGGAGCUGUGGGAGCUGAUCGUUGGCAACAACGACGUCCUCCGCACCACCAUGGUUGACACCGACCAGUACGGCACCAUCCAAGUGGUCAACCGCGCUCGCAUCCAGUGGAAGCAUGACUCCGACCUGGAGAACUACAUCCAGACCGAUGAGAAGAUCCCUAUGCAGAUGGGCGAUGCCCUGACGCGUCACGCCGUCAUCUCCACGGGGAGCAAGUCGUUCUUCGUUCUGACCAUCCACCACGCCAUCUACGACGGUCUGUCGCUGGAGAUGAUCUUCAACGACCUGGUGCAAGCCCUGCAAGGUAUCGUGCCUCCCGCGCGUCCCCAAUUCCGGGACUUCAUCCAGCACGUUACCGAGAAGAACCAGGACAAGCAGACCGAGGAUUACUGGCGCUCGCAGUUGGCUGAGGGAGAUCUGACGACCUUCCCCUUGCUGCCCUCCGCUACGUACCAGCCCGUGGCCAACGAAACCCUUGUCCACACCCUCAAGGUCAACCGCAACGGUCCGUCGGACUACACGACCGCCACGCUGAUCCGCGCCGCCUGGUCCUUGCUCCAGGCCCGCUACUGCGAUGCUCCGGACACGGUUUUCGGAUGCACUGUCAGUGGUCGUAACGCGCCGGUGUUGGGUGUUGAGGACAUGGUCGGCCCGGUCAUUGCCACCGUGCCCAUCCGCGCCCGUUUCGACGCUCAGACUCCCAUCGCCGAGUACCUGCAGCAUGCGCACACCCACUCCGUGCAGAUGACUCCCGCUCAGAACUUCGGUCUGCAGAAUGUGGCCCGCCUGGGCGAGGGAGCCGCGGCUGCUUGCGGCUUUCAGACUCUGCUUGUUAUCCAGCCGGCCAGCUCCAUUCCCGAGGACAGCAUCAUCCAGCCAUUCUCUGCUCCUCGCGCCCGCUUCAGUACCGUCGCGUUGACCCUGGAGUGCAGCCUGGCCGCGGACGGCAGCGUUCUUGUCCACGUCCACUUCGACAACGGCGUGCUGUCUGAGACCCAGGUUGACCGCAUUGUGCGCCAGUUCGAGCACCUUUUGCACCAGCUGGCUUCCGAGCCCAUCGGCAUCCUUGGCGACCUGGAGAUGAUCAGUCCCCAGGACAAGGAGGAUCUGCUGCGCUGGAACCGGGAGAUCCCCAGCAUGACUGAUGACUGCGUCCACAACCUCAUCGCCCAGAACACCAUCAAGCACCCUGACGCGCCCGCUAUCUGCGCUUGGGAUGGCGAGAUGACCUACGCCGAGCUGGAGAGCAUCUCCUCCAAGCUCGCAGCUCACCUAAUCAAUGCCGGCGUGGGCCCCGAGGUUUUCGUGCCCAUCUGCUUCGAGAAGUCACUGUGGACGAUCGUCGCCAUGCUGGGAACUAUGAAGGCUGGCGGUGCGUUCGUGCCGAUGGACGCUUCUCAGCCCACCAGCCGUAUGCAGCUGGUGGUCAAGGAGGUCAACGCCAAGGUCAUGCUCUGCUCCGAGGAGCAGCUCGCCCGCUGCCCCGGUGUCGUCGAGAAGGCCAUCGCCGUUGGACCCGGCAUGGCGCAGGCACACACCCCCAAGACCCUGACGACCCCCGUGGCUCCGCACAACUCGGCGUACGUGAUUUUCACGUCGGGCAGUACCGGAACUCCUAAGGGAUCUGUCGUCGAGCACCGUGCUUUCUGUACCGGUGCUCUCUCGCACAAGGAGGGUCUGCAGAUGGGUCGCCGUGUCCUUCAAUUCGCCUCGUACACGUUCGACGCCAGUGUUUUGGAGAUCCUCUCCACGCUGGUCCAGGGCAGCUGUGUGUGUGUUCCCUCCGAAAACGAGCGACGCGGUAACAUCGCCGAAGCGAUUACCCGUAUGAAUGUCGACUGGACGGUCCUGACGCCCUCGUUCGUCAACACGAUCGACCCGACUACCGUGCCGACUCUGGAGACACUCUGUCUGGCCGGAGAGGCCAUGACAGCCGCUCACGUCGCCGCGUGGACUCCUCACGUCCGGCUGGUCAACGGCUACGGACCCAGUGAGUGCUGCGUCUGCAGUUCCUCCAACCGUGAUGUUGUCCCUGGUACCCUCCCUAACAACAUCGGUACGCCGGUCGGAGGCGCCUGCUGGGUGGCUGACCGCGAGAACCACAACAAGCUGUCUCCCAUCGGCUGUGUCGGCGAGCUCCUCGUCGAAGGUUAUACCCUGGCCCGUUACUACCUUAACAACACCGAGAAGACCGAGGCGGCAUUCAUCUCGCGGCCCUCGUGGCUCCCGUGGUCUCGAUGCGACCGUCUCUACAAGACUGGUGAUCUGGUCAAGUAUGACUCCGACGGGUCUCUGCUGUUCAUCGGUCGCAAGGACACUCAGGUCAAGAUCCGUGGCCAGCGUGUCGAACUCGGCGAGAUCGAAUACCAUCUCUGUCUGCCCAGCGAGGUUACGCAGUCCGUCGUCGCCUACCCCAAGAAAGGUCUCUACUCCAACAAGCUGGUCGCGAUCCUGGAGCUCUCCGCCACUCUGGGCGCCGACAUGAAGCAGGUGUCCAGCAGCCGUCUGCAGCGCACUAAGUUCGACCUCUCUAGCCUCUCCAAGUACAUGUCCGAGACGCUGCCCGUGCACAUGGUCCCCGUCAUCUGGAUCGUCGUGGAGAAGAUCCCCAGCUCCUCGUCCACCAAGAUCGACCGCAAGACCGUGGACAACUGGCUCGCGGUGCUGCCCUCGGACUUCGAGCCGGCCAUGGGUAUCAAGCGUGAAGCUGCCCCCGUCGCUACCGACACGCUCCGCCCCGAGGAAGACAAGGCGCUCGCCAUCAGCGGCAAAAUCUCCCAGCUGGUCAACCGUGACGACACCCCGCUGCAGGGCCGCAACUUUAACAUCUCGUCGAUGGGUAUCGACUCGGUCCAGGUAAUCAGCUUGGCCAGUUUCAUCAAGAAGAGCUAUAACGUCAAGGUGGACGUGUCUCGCAUUCUGGACGGCCAGAUGACGGUGCGUUCGCUGGUACAGCUCAUCGAGGCCGAGCUCUCGGGCACCGUCAAGCAGGAAGCCCCUGCCUUUGACGCGAUGAAGGAAGCCUCCAUGCUCCUCAAGAAUAUUGUCAAGGACACCUGCGUCAAGAAGACCGUCUUCGUCACCGGUGUCACCGGCUUCCUGGGCACCCAGAUCCUCCGCCAGCUCUGCGACCGACCCGACGUGGGCCGUGUCAUUGCGCACGUCCGCGCCAACACCCCCUCCGAGGCGUUCAUCCGAGUCAAGGAGUCCGCCGUGCGCGCCCAGUGGUGGUCCGACUACUACUUGGGCAAGCUGGACGUGUGGGCCGGAAACCUGGCGAAGCCGCGUCUCGGGCUCAAGGCCAAGCAGUGGGCCUCGCUGACGGGUGAGUCGCCCAACGACGGACUCGUGCACUCGAUCAUCCACGCCGGUGCCGCGGUGAACUGGAACGCCGGCACGGCCGUGCUGCGCGCUGCCAACGUCAACUCCACCGCCGAGCUCAUCAAGGCAUCCAUGCUCUCCCCGGCCAAGCCUCGUCUGGUGUACGUCUCCGGCGGCCACCGCUGGCACGUCGGCGAGAACGAUGCGGACAUUGCGCGCGAAGUGGCCCAAGCCAACGGCUACGCGCAGACCAAGUACCUCUCCGAGCUCCUGGUCAAGCAGUUCGCGGCCAUGCACCCGAACCAAUUCUCCAUCGUCAAGCCGGGUCUCAUCCUGGGCACGCCGGAAGAAGGUGUCGCCAACACCGACGACUUCAUCUGGCGACUGGCAUCGGGUGUGGUGGACGCGCGCGCGCACAGUCUCGACCACGGCGACGGGUGGAUGUUCGUGACCAGCAGCACGCGAGUCGCGGAGGAAACGGUCUUCCAGGCCUUCUGCCCGGCCGAGGCCAUCAAGACGGUGACCUACAUGACAGAUGGUAUCACGGAGCGCGAGUUCUGGGAGAUCUUCUCGCGGGAGCUCAAGUACCCGCUGAAGGUGGUCGACCACGCCACCUGGAUGGACAUCAUGCACCAGUCCAUCCAGAAGGACGCCAACAACCACCCGCUGUGGCCGGUGGCGCAGGUCUUCGACGCCAUCCAGGGUCGACUGGGCGGAGACAUGCUGAACGACGCCGCUGGCGUGGUGUCGCCGUCGCAGAAGCAGCACGUCAAGGCGACCAUCCGCCGCAACGUGCAGUUCCUGGUCGAGGCGGGAUUCAUCGCCAGCCCGACGGGCAAGAAAAUGAAGUAUGUGGCCGAGAAGGUGUUCCAGCGCUCGGGUAAUGUGUGGGACAAUGUGAAGACGAUGGUGAACGGAUCCUUCUAA